AUGUGCUUCUACACCACCAACGGGAGUCAAAAAGUAUCUGUCUCCUUUUCAUUGGCUACUGGUCCUAUACCGGUUCGAGUUGCCAAAGAAAGUGACGUCUUCAAUGCAAGCCCAACUGCAACAUUAACAAACGAAGACAGGCCAGGGUCCCCGCAGGGACUCCCGAAGCAUGGUGAGACAGCGACACUGACUGCGCGAUGGCGUCGACUAAGGUCCACGUCUACGGCGCCAGAGAUAAGAAAACCACACGAGUCUGGGGGAGUUGAUUGGUCGCCUCUUCUGAUUUUAUGUUGUCCAUCUUUUGACUGUCAAGUGCGAGAUAAUGGGGUGACGGCGAUGAAUAUCACACACGUCCAAGUGCAUCUAUGA